AUGAGGGUCGUGCAAGUCACCGCUGCGGUGAUGGUCGCCGCGGUGCUGGUGGCCGCGGCCUCGGCCCAGGACCAGGCGACGACGCCCAAGUUGUCGUGGAAGGACCGCGCCAAGCUGGACUACCAGAAGCGCUACGAGAAGUACAUCCUGCACAAGAAGGAGGCCGACGAGGAGAACAUCAUCGUCGGUGACGGCGGUUCCGAGAGCAACGCCAUCCCACUGGGCACGCGCAUCAACCUCAGCAGCAACGCGGGCACCUACAACCCCGCGGGCACCGUCUCGGGCACCUUCUCCAUCAACGUGGGCGGCGGCGCGAGCGCGUCCGGCAGCACCACGGCCGUCAACAAGUCCCCCGUGGCGCUGCUGGGCAAGGUGGUGCAGGGCAUCGUGCGCCCCAUCACCUCCAUCCUGCCCGCGCCCCUCGGACCCAAGGGCUCCAACCCGGGCCUCGUCGGCGGCCUGGUGAGCGGCAUCUUCGAGGAGCUGGACGGCGGCCUCAGAGCCAUCUACCCCGUUUCUGCACAGCCUGUUGACUUUCUACUUGGGUCUCUAAUCUAUAGCCUCACGUCCGACGGCGUGUUUCCCUGGUUUCCCACACUGCAAAACGGCAGCGGCAGCAACAGCAACAACAACAACAACAACAACAAACGAAUUCGUCUCCCCGCGCGUCGCCAGUUUGAGACGGGUUUGGAUCGCCUUGCGGCUGUAAAUUGGCACGAUCGGAGAAACUGGAAAACACGCGUCAGAGUGGACGGACAAAGCGACGCCCCCUGCAGCACGCUGUGGUGCGGCGCGGGCAAUGUGGCGCGCUCGGAAGACGACGUGGGCGUGUUCCAGUCGACGGACAGGUGCUGCCGCCAGCACGACAACUGCCCCGACAGCAUCGCCGCCGGCGCCUCCAAGCACGGCCUCAGGAACACGGGCACCUUCACCAGGUCCCACUGUGACUGCGACGAGCAGUUCUACAAGUGCCUGCGCGCGGACCGCAAGUCCAUCGUGUCCGUCAAGGUGGGCACCACGUACUUCAACUUGCUGCGGCCCCGCUGCUUCCGCGCAGUCAACCCCUGCGCCGGCCCCGGCUCCAGCCCGUCCGCGAGGACCUCGAACUGCACGGCGACGUUCCGCUGGUUCAACAACCGGAUCUUCUAAGGAGGGCGGCCCGUGGGGCGGCCCGUGGCCCGCGCUCGCCCCGUCGCACCGUGUGACUUCGGAACGUGCCCGGUUGGACGGCGACGCGGCGCGGCCACCGCCACAGCUGCUACGAGUGUUUUCUAGUUUGCGGGCGACUCGCCCCAGUCUAGUUGUUGCUGCGUAGAGGGUGGCGCCGGUCAAACGAGUCAUUUUUUCUCCAAGAAAGACACACCAAGGAAGACAUAGAGUUAGUUACCAAAAAAGAACAAAUCCUAGCUUGUUAAGGCGAUAUUUAUUUUUCUACUAGAGUUAUUUAAAUUAUAUAUUAUUUUUUGAAAAGUUUAUCAAAGUAUUACGAAGGCUUUAAGAGUAUUUAAUAUUUAAAAGGAAAGAAACUUUAGUUUUGCCAGUUCCUAAAUGCUAGCGUAGGACUGUCGGCUGUGAAACAUCGGCGUGAAUAAAAUACCUCCGCAAAACCAAAA